AUGUCGAGCACUUCGAGUUCCCGCUUUGAUCUUGGGGAUCACGUCCAAGAUCAGGACCUCUCCGAGGAGUAUCUGACUUCAUCUUCCCGCGACUAUUCGGCCGGCAGCUCACCGCUUACCACGCCUGCGCUCUCCGAUAAUGAAUUCGACUUUGACGUGCCAUCCGAAGAUGCCCUCUUGGAGCAGAGCUCGACAACACAGGCGCCGGCUGAUGGUUCGGAGAAGUACAUUAUGGUGAUUGGCGGUCUUGGAUAUAUCGGCUCCCACACCACACUCGAGUUGCUUCGUGAAGGACACAAUGUUAUCGUGGUGGACAACCUGAGCAACAGCUACAAGACCGUUCUCAAGAACGUCAAGAUGCUGGCGGCCCAUCACUGCAAGGUCAACAACGUUUCCAUGCCCCGUCUUCGCUUCUUCCGCAUCGACUACCGCAGCAAGGCGAUGCAUGUUCUCCUGGAGAGAUACAGCAAACUGGUGAUGACGGUGGACGCUACGUCGGGGAAGCAGGUUGUGUCGUACCAGUCCCAGAUUGCGGGGGUAAUCCACUUUGCGGCAUACAAGUCGGUCGUCGAGAGCAUCCAGCAGCCCCUUCGCUAUUAUCGCAACAACGUGUGCGGACUGGUCAACCUGCUACAGGAGCUGGAGCGUUUCAACAUCCGCAACUUUAUCUUUAGCAGCUCGGCCACCGUGUACGGAUCCAAGGCCAACGCCGGCUUGCCGCUCAAGGAGGAGGAUCUCGUACACCACCAGGUCAAGACACAGAACGAGGCCGGGGAGACGACCAUUGUUGAGCCGACCAUUGAGGGUUUGUCGUGCCCGUAUGCGCGCACCAAAUUCUUUGGAGAAGCGAUCUUGGCGGAUGUUGCCGAGGCGGACCCUGAUUGGCGAAUUGUUGCGCUCCGUUACUUUAACCCCGUCGGAUGCGACCCUUCUGGUGUAUUGGGCGAAAGCCCGCGCGGAGAGCCGACCAACCUCUUCCCAGUACUGACGCAAGUCCUUAAGGGUGACCGUCCCGAACUCAGUGUAUUCGGAUCUGACUGGCCAACUCGUGACGGUACUGCGAUUCGCGACUUUAUCCACGUUCUCGAUGUUGCCCGUGGACACAUUGCGGCGCUCAACUGGAACUCGAAGAAGGGCAACGGGUUCUCGACCUUCAACCUGGGAAGCGGUACGGGCACAACAGUUCUUGAAGCUGUUCGCAGCUUGGAGCAGGCGGCUGGUCGCGAGAUCCCCCUCGCUCUCGUCGACAGACGGCCUGGCGAUGUCGGCUCGUGUGUCGCUUCGACGGAUCGUGCGACCAAGGAGCUCGGGUGGACGACUCGCGAGAGCAUCACCAAGUGCGCUGCUGACCUAUGGAACUACGUGUCCAAGGUGGCGUUGAGGUCGUGA